UAUAUAGAUAUACUUAGAAGAAGGCAAAUGGUCGAUGACCUUUAGCCAGCUGCUUUUGUUUUUAGGAAAAAGAAAACAAAAAUUUAUCUAAUAUGGAGCCCAAAACAAGGAGGGGGUAUUUGUCGUAUGAAUGAUAUAUACGUGUUGUGGUGGCAUUCACAUAUUUAGGCAUCUUGUAUUGAUAUAUAACUAAUGGGGUUCUCUAUUGCCCUUUGUUUGCCACGCAACGCUAUAUGGAAACUUCCACCAGGUCACUUUGAUUUUAAAUCAUGAAACAUACCAUGACAAAAUGAUUGUGUAUGUAUUUGAAAGAUUCUCAUACAUGUACUAAACCCCAUCUAGUUUAAUGUUAAUUUUCUUAAAGACAUAUAUAGGACGUGGAUUAAAUGCACAAACCAUAUUGCAUUCAGACAAAUGCUUUGAAAUAAGCUAUGUUAUAAAUAUAGAUAACAUAAGAAUUCAGACGUUUCUAUCACAUACUUUUACCUUAUUAUAUUAUUUUCAUAAUAUUUUUAAGCAAUUCGUAGUAUAUAUAUACAUAUAUCUAUAAAUAUCAAAUAAGGUUGGAUUAGUGAUAAAUUCUUCACACUUACGUGAUGUUGAAUUUUAUUUAAAUCUUAAACGUAGAAAAAAAAAAUUUGUUAAAAAGGUCAAAAACUAUAUAAAAUAAUUAAAUAACAGGAAAAGUAUGUAUCAUCCGUAAAAAUGAGACAUAGAAAAAGAUGUUCACCUUGUAGGUCACACAUUUAGAAAUUUUUGCUAAGUUUCGUUGUCCUAUCAGAAAAAAGUUUAAUAUAAAUAAAGCUAGGUUCCCACACAUUUACGCUAACCCUAUCGAAACACAUGCAUUUGAGAAAUAGGUCUUAUCCCCACUCCAUUCAACGUUUGAACUAUAUAGAUUACGUUACCCUAUCAGAAUUUCCUAAACCUCAUUAAAAAUUUAUCCAUAUUUUUCUUCAUUUAAUUAGUAUUUUUCUCUUGACGUUAAGUGGAUGUUAGGUGUUAGGCACAAACAAAUCACAGCUCGUUUUCUCUGUGUAAUUCCUUUUCACUUUUUUCAUCUAUUUUUAUAUACCGGAAAAAGAAAAAGAAAAGAAAAAAAAAAAAAAGUGAAAAUUGUUGCUUUCUCGAAUGACGUCAAAAAUCUUGCCCCAAAGAUCCACCAAGUCAUCGACCAUCCACGCGUCCUCAUCGUACACUCACCCAUCAAAAGAAAAGAAAGAGAAAUACAAAAAAUGAGAUUAGUCUGUUCCCACACUCACCCUUCACCACGUGGUGGUUGUUUCUUUAAUACUUGUUUAUAUCCUCUCUGGGCCAAUGGCCUCCUCGAUGAGCAAGAUUCUCUUGGAGGUGUUGCUCACGCUCUAGGAGAGGCGAGUAAAAAGGCUUUGACGAUUUAACUGAUUGGAAACCGAAUUUAGCUGUUCUUUACAAAUAGAAAAGGACCACGUGUGCUCUUUCUCGAAACAUCCCCAGAGAGGCUUUCCACUUUUCUAAGCCCGAGGGAAGCCCACGUGUACCCCCGCUUUCGGCAGUGCAGGACACCUUCUCGUCUCUGAUUGGUUAGUGGGUGGGACCAACCUGCAGUCCUUAUUUACGCCCGGAUACGUUGCUUUUAAAAGUUGGGCCCCCCCACAAAAAAAAAAAAAAAACCCAAAAAUCCACCAAUCAAAUGCCGUCGUUGUUGUUUGUUUGGGAGCCCUAGACACGUGUUGCUGUCACGCUCCCUUCGCUAUGAUUAUCGCCUGAGCUCCAACGAGAGAGAGAGCGAGAGAGAGAGACUACACUCCAAAAGCACUCUUCUCUUUCUCCGAGCGAGCAAUAAAAAGAGAGAGAGUGAGAGAGAAAGUGAGAUGGCUAGGAAUCUGUCUGAUGGAGAAGAUUGUAUCGUAGUAGGAGAUAGAUAUGGAGUGCGGUAGAGAUGGAUGGAGCAUGAUAAGUUACACCGGUGGUGCACAGGAUAAGUCGAUAAUCAAUCGGAUAAUGCUCAGAUUCCGUCCAAUCGCUCCGAAACCCGCGACCGGAGCCGAGGCUCCGGGCGGUUCGCUUGUUGACGGUAAAAAAACGUACCUUCCGAAAGGGAGAACCAAGAGAAAGUACGUUAGGGUUCGGAGGAACAACAGCGGGUACCAAAGAAAGAAAACGACAGGCCGAUCAAAGGACGUAGGGGAUAACAGAGUGGCAACGCUGCAACUGUUGCCCGAGAAAAGCGAUCUGGAAUUCUCCAAAAACAUCAGAUCUUGGGGGUGCGAUGAGAAAGAGUUAGAUCGUACGGCUGCAAAAAAUAACCACCACCCUCCGGAGGGAAAUCUGGGCCCACCGUUGGAUAUGGACGACAAUAAGGGAGCGAGAAACGACAAGAUGUGGGAUCAGAGGGUUGUGGAAACGUGGGUGACGGUGGAAUACGUGACGGGCAAAUGCAUGGAUGGGAUGAUGGGGUUUGGGGGUACGGACGUGGAGAGAAUAAGCAAUCUGGAAGGCGACACGUGUCCGGGGUUGGUAUCAGACGGUAUGAAUAGGGUAGAGUGGGUGAAUGGGGCAUUCAAGAGGAUGGUUAAAGUUAAGGUGAUGAGAGGAGGUGAGGAAGAGGAAGGGCAGUCAUGGGAGAUAAGGGUUCGGUUGGUAGUAAAGGAAAAGCUGCCGUACAGCUGUUACUCAAGCUUUAGCUGCCACGUAAAAGUUGAGUAUUGGUUGGGAAAGGACAAGUACACUCAGAUGAUGCCUUGUGAUGUGUGUAAGAUGGACGGUGGAGGAUUUGCAUGGAGGCUCGACGUGGAAGCUGCCCUCACUUUGGGCCGCUAAAAAACACCCAAAAGGAAAAAAAAAAAAAAAAAGUGAUAAAUAACGGAUGGAAGUUUGAUCAUAAAAUCUCAGGUAGGUUUAAAGAGGGAAAAUAUGGGCUAAUGGUAGCAUUCUAUGUUCCAGUAGCAUUUUGGCGUCUAGCUAAUUGAAACCGUCUAAUUCCUAUUUUAAUUCCUUCUUGUCUUUAGGUACUCUAUCGGGAGGCUUUCUGGAGAUAACUUUGGAUCUUGUAAGUGUAUAUAUUUAAAUAUGUAGUAAUUAAGUAAGGAGAAAUUUUAUAAGUUGGUCGUCUUGAAGAAGCCAGCCAUCAAUGAUUUUAUAAAUAGGAGACUUAAACCCAGUUUUAUGCGACGAACCUCAGCAAAAUUAUAUAGCAACCAAAUUAAAGCAGCUAUCUAGAUUUGGUUGAAAUAUUUCAGAAUGGCCACGUGUAAUUUUUUUUCCCCUCUUUUCUUUUUCCUUUUUGUAAGAACUUUGCUAUUAACCGUAUGCUAUAUAUCCAUGUAUGUAAUAUAUCUCAAGGCUCCUACCUUGUGUAUCUGAUGAUCAUGAUCUAAUAAUAAAACUUAAAUUUUGGCU